AUGUGUAUUCUAAUGUAGAAAAAUAUUUAUUAAGCCAUAAAAAAGAGUUUGAUUUCACAAAGUAAAAUGGAAGAAAUCAUAAAAAAUUUGAAUAAGCUAAGUUAUGAAUUUUAUAUAUGGAUAAUUAUAGAUCCAAGAGAUAUCAACUGCUUCAAUUUUGUUGGUGGAAAUGAACUUUAAAAUUGCAAAGCAGUUGAAAAAAGAAACUAUUAGCUCAAGAUCAAAUCUAUUUAUGAAUAAGUUCUUGUAUUAUAGAGUACAAACAAGCUGUGA